AUGUUCUCCUUCAAAGCCAUCAUCGCCCUCAUGGGCCUCGCCGCACUCGUCAACGGCGCACCCACUGAUAACACCCUCAUCAAGCGCCUAGACGACAUCAAGAACUGCUACUGCGGCAGGGACACCGGGUCCGCGCUCGUCAGCGACCCGGCCUCCACCAAGAACGCUUGCCCUGAUUACGGCACAGUCGGCGGACCGUACCCUACCAAGUGCCAGAUCAUGAUUGACAUCAACGAGCCUUUGUUCGUUGCCAAGUGCAAGGCUCUCGGUCAGCCUACUGGAUGGUGCGAGAAAUAA